AGUGGCCAUUUCCGUGGCUCAAAGCGGAGCGAAUCCUCGCCCAUGAGCCAAUCCUCGCCGGGCGCUUCCGUUUCAUCGGCAAAGCUGGGGCCAGCUGUGAGGUAUGGCAUCUCCGACCCGAUCUCUUUGCAGGAAGCUGAGGCACAUGACCUGGUCUUGAGCGAGCGGAUGAAGGAAGAGCUCGAAAUGGUUUUUCCCACUGAAACACCUGAAGGCAUGGAAAGACGCCAGGGAGUGCUUCAAGAGCUUGAACGACUCUUUCACGAAUGGAUGUUAAAGCAAUGCAUGGAGGCAAACAUCUCAGAGGAGGAGAUUAAGAAGUCCACAGUGAAAAUCACAACCUUGGGGUCUUACAGGCUGGGUGUUGUGCAUCCUGGAAGUGACAUUGACACCCUUUGCAUCGCUCCACCUUUCGUCCGGAGAGAGGACUUCUUCUCAACCUUUGCAACAGUUCUUGAUCAGCAUGAAGAUGUGAGUGAAUGUGUGCCGAUCCCAGAUGCGUAUACACCCAUCAUCAAGCUGAAAAUGAGAGGUGUUUGCAUCGAUCUACUCUUUGCUCGCCUUGCAAGACCUCCAGAGGCCGAAGUUGCAGAGGAGGUUGCAAAGGAAGACGAGGUCUUAAAGAACAUGGACGAGAAGAGUGUUCGAUGCUUGAAUGGUUUCCGGGUCGCAGAUCAGAUCCUGAAGCUGGUGCCCAACCAGGAGACCUUUCGGCGAACUUUGAGAUUCAUCAAAUAUUGGGCGAGAAGAAGAGGUAUCUACUCCAACAUUGUGGGCUUCUUUGGAGGAAUCACCUGGUCCCUGCUGGUGGCUCGGAUAUGCCAGCUCUAUCCAUACUAUGCACCAAAUCAAUUGGUGAACCGCUUUUUCCGAUUAUAUCAUCAAUGGCAAUGGAAUUGGGCAAAGCCGGUGACUCUCUGUGACAUUUUGGAAUAUCCUGCCACGGUUCCGGGCAUGUCGGCGUUCAAGGUGUGGAACCCAAAGUCAAACCCCGCCGACCGACAACAUGUGAUGCCGGUGAUCACUCCAGCUUUCCCAUCCAUGAAUUCCACACACAAUGUGACCGAAACGACCAAGCGUAUUUUGCUUGAUGAAUUCAAAAGAGGAUUUGAAAUGGUGCAAAAUGUGGAAGGAAACAAGGCAGAGUGGUGUGAUGUGUAUGCACCCUUUCCCUUCUUUCAAGAGUUCAAGCACUUCCUCAUGAUUGAGAUCCUAGCAAAAUCAGAGGAUGUCUAUAACAAGUUCAGCGGGUGGGUGGAAAGCAAGCUGCGGAUUCUGGUGAUGCAAUUGGAAGUAGUGAAUGGAAUGAGGAUUCAUCCGAACCCUUUGCAGUAUGACCUGCUGGAAAGUGAUGGGGAGUGGCCCUUUGGGUGUGACAUGUUUCUCGGACUGUCGUUCACACCUGAAGCCGGUGCCCAUGCAUCUUUGCAGAUUGAUUUGCGGCCUGCUCUCACUUCGUUUAUGGAGGUCAUCUUGACCUGGACUGAGCGUGAUGCUCAUCUGGGUCAGUUCCGUCUUCGCUUGCGUCGUCUUGCAGCCUCAGACUUGCCGUAUGCCGCAGAUUCACAACCAGCAGGUCUCCGGAAACGGCCUCGGGAGGCCAGCGAUGAGAAAGCGUCAAAAAUGUCGAAAAGCAAAUGAACCAUAUGGCUGCUGCGCAAUGCCCCAGACGCGAAUCAGCUUAUACAAAA